UGCAAAAAAAUACAGAUAGCUAAAAUUCAAUUGACUAAAUAGUAGGCACUUACAAUCGUGUAAAAAUUGCAAUUUUCAGUUUUCAGUUCAGUAAAGAAAACAAUUCGUUUUGUGAUUUAUUUUUAUAUCCGGGGUAAGAUUUGUGAGGACACUGCGUAACGAAAUGGAAACGAUAUUGUCUGUAUUCAAUCCGGCUUCACUAUGCUUUGCUGUUUGUAUUUAUCCGUAAGAAAUUCACAGCGUUAUCAGCAGACUUUAUUGGAGGAUCAAUUCGACCAAUCAGAGAGCAGGAUUUUGAAAAAAAAAUAGCUGUUGUUUUCUUUCAAGGAUUGCUCUGAUAAUGUGUCUUCAUAAUAGCUAAUCAUCACCUUCAGGAAAGAAAAAGUUAAAAACAACAACAAAAACAACAGGCGAGAAAAAUCAUUUCUAAGUUAAAUCAACACUAAAAACAGCAGGUUAAGCCCUUUCAAAUUCUUCAAACUUCUCUUUUCUGUUUUUUAUUCUUCAACUUUCGAACAAAAAUUAUAAGACUUCCUAUCGAAAACCUUCAGGUUUCUGAUAAAAAUUAUAAUUGACCACCAAUAUGGAGUACUUGAAGGACAAAAGCAUGAAAGUAAAAUCCGAAUCCCUUUCACCCGAUUUAACCAACAUACACGAAAUGUUCCUCAACAUGAAACGAGCACAUGUUAACACGACUUCGGACAUUCCCAAAAAGUCGCGAAAGCUGUCGGAAUUUUCCGAGGCUUCGGAUUUGCGAGGCAACGAGAACGACGACUUGAUGGACGACGAAGGAGAUUUUCUGGAUGAUGUGCUUGACGGGGGGUAUGGAGACGGGGACGACGCAAACUCGGUGGGGGGCAGGAAGGAACCCCACUUGGUGGCCAGGAGGAAUGCCAGAGAGAGAAGACGAGUUCAAAUGGUGAACGAGGGGUUCUCACUUCUCAGGAGGCAGAUUCCAACCGAACCCAAACACAAGAAGCUAUCCAAGGUGAAGACACUUCGACUGGCUAUCAACUACAUAUUACAACUUCAAAACAUGCUCACAGAUCAUGAAAAGGAACUGCAAUCUAAAGGCGCCCUCGUUGAGUUUCACAAUCAUCAUCCGCUAGGGGGCGACGGAAGAUCUGCCUUGACAUGCUCAGACGCUUCUGGCGUGAUGAAUGCUUCUCAAAAGCAAUGGGCUAUGGCAUUCCCCCACCCAGCCGCGGCAGCCGCAGCUGCAGGACUAAUUCAACCUACACACUCGUUUAUGACAUAUCAGCCCCACCCCCACCACCUUCUAGCAUCAGGAAGAUACCACCACAGCCAACACCCUUCCACCCACCCAUCACUCAUGGCAACUGUAGAACACGCCCAUCUAAACGGGGAGUACUGGGCGGUAACCAACACUUCAGCCGCAAAUAUGACUAAUAUCCAGGCAGAACAGAUUGUGCUCACCAACUCACAACCCCACAAUAUGCUCUGAGAAGACUCAUUUGACAAAUCAAGAGGCCAACAGAAAAUUAUACUGCCCACAAAAAAGCUUCAGCAGAAUUGAUCAACAAAAAACUCGCAACCAAAAAAAGCAAACAUUUAGUUUUAGUUCGACAAAAAAAACUCAAUUAUCGAGACAUAAAAACUGAAACCAUUGGCUCUGAAGCUGAGCUGCUUGACUCCAGAUUGGCUAGAGUCGUGAUUGGCAUCUCAUAUUUGUAAAUCUAACCCUGUAUAAAUAAAACUGUAUAAAUCAUGAUUCCGAUUUGGUGCCUUUUAAAUGAUAACACUAAUUUAAGAAACAUAAAUAAAUAUAACUAUAAUAUCUUA